AUGGUAGUCAGUUUAGAAGACAAGCUGAAUGUUCCAGGACAACUUGAUAUAGCUUACAAAGAGGAAGCACGAGAGAAAAAUGUGAGAGGACUGAUUGAUAGAGUAGUAGAUCAAGGUAAUAAUAAGCAUGAUGAUGAUGAUAAUAAUGAGGGGAGGGAAGAAGGCGAAGAAGGAAAAAAGAAGAGGGAUGGUGAUAGUUUGAGAAUUCCUAUUGGAGUACAGUCCAUUAAGCAAUCGACUACAUCAAUGGGUAAGGUUGUUGAAAAGAAUCGCACCAACAAGAGGAGAAAGAACAAGGCCAAUGGGAAACAAAUUGACGAUUAUCUCAAGCCAAAUUUUGGUGUUGAGAACCACCAUCAAACACAAGAAAAUAGUGUGCACCAUGUCCACGACCACCAUCAAGCUAACGAGCAUCAAUUUUACGAAGGAGAACUAUUGAUGCAUACCUACUAUACACUACCUCAUUCCGUUCAAAAAUUUUGGAAUAGAAGAUAUGAAUUGUUUAGCAAAUACGACGAUGGAGUAUAUUUAUCCGAGGAAUUGUGGUAUAGUGUAACUCCAGAGCUUGUAGCUAAAUACACUGCACAGUUAUUUGUCAAACUUUUACCGCCUGAUGCUCAAAUCGGAUUAGAUGUAUGCUGUGGCGGUGGCGGGAAUACUAUUCAAUUUGCCCGGUAUUUCAAUUCCGUUGGUGGUAUUGAUAUAAGUAAGACCAAUUUGUAUUGUACUGAACACAAUUGUCAUGUUUAUGGAGUCGAAGAUAAUGUGUGGACAUUGUGUGCAGAUUGGGCAGAGAUUACCACGCCUAAAGAAAAUGGAGAUAUUAACUUGGAUUGGAUUCCACAAGAUGUUUUGAACAGGAGAGGAUUAACCCGAACUAGCUCCUAUUCUGAGCCAAAAGAGAUUUUUGACUUUAUAUUCAGUUCUCCACCGUGGGGGGGAACUAACUACGAUAAAAAUAAUUUCAAUGUUUUUGAAAUGGAACCGUUUAAUAUUCUUUUCUUGUUGAAAACAAUGAAACAGUAUUCAGAAAAUAUUGGAUUGUUUUUACCAAAGCUGUCCAAUUUGAUUCAACUAAGCACUGCAACAAAGGAGGUUUAUGGGGAUUUCAAAAAAUGCCGCGUUGUCUAUAUUAACUCAAAGGAAAGAACUGUUGCCUUAUUGGCAUUAUUUGGGGACGUUUUCACAGCAAGAUUUGACGAGCUAGAUGAUAUAAAUGAAGAAGCCUUGUCCACAGCGUUUAUAUUGUUGGGUAAUAAGGUUGAUAGAAUAGCCAGCCAUUUACAGAAUUUAGAGAGUGACCGUAUUAUUACUUUGCAGCAAGAAGUAUCUUUGUUGAGACAGUUGGUUGAUUUUCAAAAUGUUAAAUUAGAAAAAUUAACGUGUUUAUUAUCUGAGGUUGUUGAUAAUUCAAGACGCCAAAAGAGGAGGAGAAUUUUUAAUAGGUUGGCAAGCAACGUUGUGGAUGACGAAGAAACUGAUGACGCUAGUACCUUGAUUGAAGUUUUCCACGAUGGUGUCAAUGUGAAUGAUUUGGAAAGAUCGCCAAGUCAAAACGAAAUGUCUCAGCAUCCAUUAAGUUUGAGUCAUUUGCCACAACAGCAGCAAAACCACCAUCAACAGCAGCAGCAGCAACAUCAAGUUUUGAUUGAUCGGCGACGCCCUCAAGUGGCACAUCUUCGCCAGCAACCACCACCACCACCACCACAACAACAACAACAACAACACGCGCUUCAUCCACAAAAUGAACUUGGUUCAAACUUGGAUUCAAAUAUGGAUCCCCAGCUUCAUCAAACUAGGAUGAGGCUGCCUGUGGGAGGAGGCGCGUCAUCUACACCUUUACAACAACAACUUCAAGCACAAACGCAGAAUUCCCUUGAAGGUAGUCAUCACCUGCCUACUACUACUGCUACUCCUGUAGGUACUACCGCGCAACUCCGUGCACAACAGAUGCUUGCGCAAGUUAGAACUCCCGCGGGGAAAUCCACCAAAAAGACUAAGCCGGACCAAAUGAAGAAUGCUGUAAUUCAUGAUAAAGAUGGCGGUGCUGGGGGGUGUAACACGCCCGAGCAACAAAGUCCACAAUCUACAAAUAGAGAGGAAGAUGAAGAAAGAAAAGUUAAAAUUGAAUUCAUUAAUAACCCGACUUCGGUGCGGGAAGUAUAUGAUGAAUUUUUCAAGGGAUAUAAUGGCCAAGAGCCAUUAUGCGAGUUGGAUGCAAAGUACGGGAAACACGAAUGGAGAGGCGACUCAAGAUCGAAGGAGAGUAAAAGGUAUCAAAGAAGGAAAAGAUUAUGCGAUGUUAUUAAACGAAGUGCAUACAAAUUGAGUAAGCUGGAUGAUGCUAUUAUCAAUAUUUUGGAGAAUUACCGGAUGGAAAAAUCAUUGACUUGGAUAAUGAACGGGCAUUUGCCACCAGAGCUUGAAAAUUUAUAA